AUGCCGACCAGCAACACGUCCCUCUUCUCUCGGCUGAAGAAGCGGGAAGCCGAAGCUGGCGGGGCUAUUCCUAAGCCCCGGAAGAAGGCCAAGUCGGCCGCUCCUUCUGCCCCUGCCGAGCACAUUCAUGAGAUCGAUACCCUGGUAUUCAUUGCCUCAGAAUGCCAGGAAGAGUCUCGGCGGCUCUACGGACAACUAGAGUCGGCCAAGAAGAAGGUCGCCGAGCUGGAGGCCGCGCUGGCGGAGGCCGAGGCGCGGAGAGAGGCCACCGAGGCCGAGCGGCUGGCGUUGGCGGACGUGCUCGAAGAGGAGAGGGCCGCGCACACGCUGGCAAGGUCGAAAUUGCGCGCCUCCGAGGCGCGUCUUGCCGAGGCCCGUUCUGAAGCCGCCGGCCAUAAGUACGAGGGCGGAGUUCUCUGCCUGAAGGUCGAGCAGCUCGAGGUCCGGGAGAAGAGGGCACUCGAGCGAGCUGAGAACGCAGUGGAACUCUUCAAAGAGUCAGAAGAGUUCCGCGAUAUGCUGGAGGAGGAAACCGUGGACGGGUUCCUUUGGGGGUUCGAGAAUUUUCGAAGGCAGAUGGCCUGGUAUUGUCCCCAGCUCGACCUUUCAGGGAUUCGGCCGAGAAUGGGCCUAAGUGAUGAGGUCGAGGCCGAGGUCCCCGCAAUCAUUGCGGCUGAGGAGGCGCUGGCCGAGGCCGAAGGUGGUAUGGCCGAAGGGGAGCUCGCCGAGACUGAGGCGGGUACGGCCGAUCGGGCGACGUCGGAGGCUCCUUUCGAAGAAGUCGUCGAGGAGGUUCCCGGGGCUACUGACGAGGCCCCGAUUGAGGUUGCCGAGGGGGGUUUAGGGCCAGCACCCGCCGAAGACCCUCAGAUCAUCGCGAUCGAUGACCUUGAGGGUGAUACUGGUGCAGCCGCCGGUCCUUAG